AUGGCCAACCCACCCCACGGCGGUAUCCUCAAGGAUCUCCUCGCCAGAGAUGCUCCCCGACACGAUGAGCUCUCUGCCGAGGCCGAGACUCUUCCUGCCAUUACUUUGACCGAGAGACAGCUUUGCGAUCUUGAGUUGAUCCUCAACGGUGGUUUCUCGCCCCUCGAAGGUUUCAUGAACGAGGCCGACUACAAUGGCGUCGUCAAGGAGAACCGUCUCGCCGAUGGCGCUCUUUUCUCCAUGCCCAUCACCCUGGACUUGUCGCAAGAGACCAUUGAUGAGGUCAGCCUCAAGCCCGGACAGCGCGUCACCCUGCGCGAUCUCCGUGAUGACCGCAACCUGGCCAUUUUGACCGUUGACGACAUCUACAGACCCGACAAGCAGCUCGAGGCCAAGGAGGUCUUUGGCGGCGAUGAAGAGCACCCCGCCGUUGCCUACCUCUACAAGACUGCCGGCGAGUUCUACGUCGGUGGAAAGAUUGAGGCCAUCAACCGCCUCCAGCACUAUGACUUUGUCGAUCUCAGAUACACUCCCGCCGAGAUCCGCCUGCACUUCGACAAGCUGGGCUGGACCAAGGUUGUCGCUUUCCAGACCAGAAACCCCAUGCACCGCGCUCACCGUGAGCUUACUGUACGCGCCGCUCGCUCUCACCACGCCAAUGUCUUGAUCCACCCCGUUGUCGGCCUGACCAAGCCUGGCGACAUCGACCACUUCACCAGAGUCCGUGUCUACAAGGCGCUUCUGCCAAGAUACCCCAACGGCAUGGCAGUCUUGGGUCUCCUGCCAUUGGCCAUGAGAAUGGGUGGUCCCCGUGAGGCUAUCUGGCACGCCAUCAUUCGCAAGAACCACGGUGCCACCCACUUCAUUGUUGGACGUGACCACGCCGGUCCCGGCAAGAACAGCAAGGGUGUUGACUUUUACGGCCCCUACGACGCCCAGUACGCCGUCGAGAAGUACAGAGAUGAGCUCGGCAUUGAGGUUGUUCCCUUCCAGAUGAUGACCUACCUGCCCGACAGCGACGAGUACGCUCCCAUCGACACCAUCCCCAAGGACGUCCGCACUGCCAACAUCUCUGGUACCGAGCUGCGCUCCAGACUCCGAAGCGGCCGUGAUAUCCCCGAGUGGUUCUCGUACCCCGAGGUUGUUAAGGUCCUCCGCGAGUCGCACCCUCCACGAUCGCAGCAGGGUUUCACCAUCUUCCUCACUGGUUACCAGAACAGUGGCAAGGAUGCCAUUGCCCGUGCCCUGCAGGUGACCCUCAACCAGCAGGGUGGCCGCUCGGUCACUCUCCUGCUCGGUGAGACGGUCCGAUCUGAGCUCUCUUCGGAGCUUGGCUUCAGCCGCGAGGACCGCAGCAAGAACAUUGGCCGUAUCGCCUUUGUUGCCGGAGAGCUGACCCGCUCCGGUUCCGCCGUCAUUGCCGCCCCGAUCGCCCCCUACGAGGUCGACCGCGCCAGCGCCAAGGAGCUGGUUGAGAAGUUUGGUGACUUUUACCUCGUCCACGUCGCCACCUCGCUCGAGUACAGCGAGAAGACGGACAAGAAGGGCAUCUACAAGCGCGCCCGCGACGGCGAGAUCAAGGGCUUCACCGGUGUCGAUGACCCCUACGAGACCCCCGCCAAGCCCGACCUGGUUGUCGAUGCUGAGAAGCAGACCGUCCGUGCCAUUGUCCACCAGAUUGUGCUGCUCUUGGAGAGCCGUGGUCUGUUGGACCGCCUGUAA